AUGAACAAUUACGAUGCAAUCAAUGAUGAGAUAAAGAGCUUCCUGUGCCUUGCUGAUAGGCAGCCGAGCAAGAAUGCGGCUGCUGAUGGCGAAAAGACAGACGAGUGCAGCCUUUCAUUGCUGAUACACCUUUUGACAAAUCUCCAGAAUGUGUAUGCGGAAAUCAACACAAACCUUGCUGCUGGAGAUUGCGAUGGACUGAAAAACGUUCUUCUGAGCAGUGAUGUUAAGAUGUCGCUUGUGAGCGAAUCUUUGAUGAGGGUUCUGAAGGAAGUGUCUCAAGAAAAGUGCGAGCUGAUGCAAAGCGAGGAGGGAUAUAAAGAGAAGAUAAGGCGAUUGUCUGAAGAGAAGACUGAUCUUGAAAUCAGAAUAAACAAGUUUGAAAGUGAUCUUGAGUUCGCAAACCGGGGAAAUCAAGAGCUGAGUAGAAUCAUCAGGGACCAGAAGAGCAAAAUGCAAGAGCAGAAGGAGAAGGCAGAUCUUGAGAAGAGGAACUGUGAUAGCUUCAGAAUGAUUAACAACGAGCUAGAGGUGCUGAGAAAGAAGGCGCUUGAAAAGUGCGAUGUGUAUGAGAAGGAAAUAUGUGUUCUUAAGGAGCAUAUUAAGGGCAGGUCUGAAGAGAUAGGUAAGAUGAAGGAAGCGGUCAAGCAAGGAGAAGCAGAAAAGGAAGCAUUGAGCCAAAGGCUAGUUGGGAUCGAGAAGAUCAAUGAGCAACUUCGAAAGAAAAUGGAUGUAAAGGACAAUGCGCUUGAGCUAUGCAACUCCGAGCUUUCGAAGUUGAUUCUGAAGGAAAAAAGAGCAGAGAAUGAAAUGGAAACAAUGAAAGAAAAGACGUCAUAUUAUGAAAAGCUUUACAAGGCAACCAACAGCCAGAAUGAGUAUCUUAACAGCCAGUUAGCAAAAAUGAUAAGGGAUAGUGGAAAUAGAGUUGUGAUUCCCGAGUAUGAUCCGGAAGCACACCAUGAGGUGACUGCUAUUGAGGACGAAAAGGCAAGCAAAACAUCGGAUAGGAGUUAUUUGAAAAGAUUAAACAAGUAUAAGCGCAGAAGCAACCAGCAGAAGGAGAUCAAUGAGAAGCAGAGGAUUGAGGUGCAGGACCUGAGCAUGAUGACGGAUAAGUUGAAGGGGGAAGUUUUAAGGCUGCAGGAGGAACGAAGCAAAACAAUUGAAGCAAGCAACAGAAUCACGAAUGAGCUGAUGAGCAAAGUGGAGAAAUUAUUAGAGCAGAGCAGGGAGUAUCAAGGUAUUAUAUAUGAGCUGAAGGCUGGUAGGCACUCUAAGGAAAGCAAAGGCUAUGGCGAUGGAAAUGGAAAUGAGAGUUUUAAGACAGUGAAUGAUGGGGAGGAUGAUUUUAUACUGAACAAAAAUUCCGAGAGGGGGAUGCGAUAUGGAAAUGAUGAGGAGCUUAAGUUUGAAAGCCUGAUGCCUGUUACUCUUGAGAAUGAUUAUGAAAAUGUAGAUGUAGAGAAUGGAUAUGAUAUAAUGGGGAAGCGAAAGACGAUGGAGCACGGAAUAAGUAACAUAAACACUCGAUUGAAUGUGCCUGUUGGAAGGAGUGAAAGAGAGCUGGCAAAUCCCGGAAUAAAGAUCAAUCUCCCUGAAAGCUUCUACAGUAGCUUGACACGUGAUGGAAAUGUAGGCAUGAAUAAUGAGGAAGGCAUGAGGCUUGGCAAUAAGGAAGCAGGACAGAGGCAACGGCAACGGCAUACGAAUGCGGGGAUGAGCGGCGAGAAAAAGAUUGAACGAGGAAUGCUGAUUGAUCCAUUUGAAAGUAUGGAGAAUGCAAGGCAUUUGAAGGAGACGGAUGAAAAGAUUGAGUCUGAUAGUAGUGUAGCAUCUCCAAAGACUGUUCGCACAACAUCUACACUUCAUUCGAUGCUGAAGAGGACGGAUGCAUUGCAGGAAAGAUUUGAGAGGUUGGAGGGAAAGCUUAAAGAAAUAAGGAGUAGCGACAAGGUUGAUGAGGAAAAGAUGCAUGAUCAGAUACAGGCGUAUAAGAACUACUAUUAUUCUGACUUUUUGGACAUAUCGAACCAGUCUGAUGUUAUUUAG